AUGACUGUUGAAGUGGAGUUCCUGCUGUCACGAGAGCAAUUUAAGGUGUCAAAGAGUGAGAAAGAUGAUGCAAGGAAGGCAAUAGGCAGGUACAAUAUGAUAGUUGCAUUGUUGUUCGCUUGCUUGGUCUUUUGUGUUUUGAAGUUAUGGGUUUUGAAUGGGGUGGGACUUAAAACCCGUCACCUUCCCUUGUUGCCUAACCCUAACCUUAACUAUUCAUGGCCGUCACGUUAUCCCUCCAUCUCUUCAACCACUGUCAUUCGUGAAUCUAUAGUCGCACCACCCUUCCUUCUCAUUUUCGAUCAAUCAAGACCGCUAAGCACUACUAUUCUAGGCCAAUGCAUUUGUCGUCGAAGUGAGCUGUCAUUCAGCACCGCUAUUUCUCACGCUACCGGAGACGACAAGGUUAGCAAACGAGCUUCCUUCCGCUGUCGUUCCGCUGCCAACGAAGCUGUGAACUGCAAGGACCGUUGUAUUCUUCUUCUUCUUCUUCUUCUUAUUCUUCUUCUUGUGCUUUUGCGUUGUCACCGGUCUGCUGCCACUGCUUGUGCAAUUCAGUGUUGCUUUGGUCAUCGUUUUCCACCCCAAGAGGCGGUCGUGUUCGUGUUUCACGUGGGUAUGGGUGUUUCUGCUCGUGUUUGGAUGCGUAUUUCAGAUUAUAUUGGCGUGUGUGUGUGCUUGGUCGACUAG